CAGGAGCAAGCGCACGCCUGGCUCUGUGUGUGUGACCCAUGUGUGCAGGGAGAGUGAGGGCUCCAGGCAGCCUGUGGGGAGGGCCGUGGGCGUGCACCGUGCGUGUGUGCGGAGGCGGGUAUGUCCACGUGGGUGUGCUCAGGGUAGGAGGCACAGGCUAGGCGUGUGCAGGGCCGGGUUUCUACACUGCCACGUGGUGCGUGGCAGCCCACCCACCCUGGCUGGGCACUCACUAUGAGCUGAGUGCCGUGCCGGGUGCUGACGGGAGCAGGACUGAGGUGUCUGCAGCGUCUUUCCGGGCCGAGGACAGCCACUGGCCAGGGCACUGCUAGGCCUGGAGGUGUCCGCACUGCACCCUGCAGUCACCGAGGAGGCCCAACACCAGGAAGGGCCCUAGGCUCAGUGUCCGUCUAUGGGGAGCCUUCAGCUGUUCUGAUUGGCCUGCAGGAAGGUUCUGGAAGAGAUCGUGGCUGUCCCCUGGGGGGUUCAUGGGCAACGGCAGGGGCUCCCCGGAGUGGCUGGGCCCGCCAUGCUGCAGUGCAGGCCGGCCCAGGAGUUCAGCUUCGGCCCACGGGCCCUGAAGGAGGCACUGGUGUCCAGCGACCCGGCCCUGCAGCGUCUCUAUGCGGCUGCCUUCACCCCAGCGGAGAGGCUGUUCCUGGCUGAGGCCUACAACCCCCAGAGGACCCUCUUCUGCACGCUGCUCAUCCGCACUGCCUUCGACUGGCUCCUCAGCCGCCCGGAGGCCCCCGAGGACUUCCAGACCUUUCACGCCUCCCUGCUGCCCCGGAGGCAGAGCCCUGCCCGGAAGCACAUCUACCUGCAGCCCAUUGAUCUGAGCGAGGGCCCAGCUGGUGGCGCUCUGCUGGAACGCCUGAGGAACUGCACGGAGGCCUUUUUCCUGGGCCUGCAGGUCCGGUGCCUGCCCUCGGUGGCGGCUGCGUCCAUCCACUGCUCCUCGCGCCCGAGCAGGGACUCAGACAGGCUCCAGCUCCACGCAGAUGGAAUCCUGUCUUUCCUGAAGAGCAGCAAGCCGGGCGACGCACUAUGUGUGCUGGGCCUCACGCUGUCCGACCUGUACCCCUGCGAGGCCUGGAGCUUCACCUUCGGCAAGAUCCUUCCAGGCCACGAAGUGGGCGUCUGCAGCUUUGCCAGGUUCUCGGGGGAGCUCCUGCCAUCGGCGCCCAGCUCCUCGGAGGCGGCCCUGGUCCUGGCAGCAGCCGAUGGCCCCCAGACACCUGUGCAGGACAGAGGCCAGACCCUGUGCUUCAGCGCCCUGGGGAUGGUUCAGUGCUGCAAGGUCACCUGCCAUGAGCUUUGUCACCUGCUGGGCCUGGGGCCCUGCCGCUGGCUGCGCUGCCUCAUGCAGGGGGCACUCAGCCUGGACGAGGCCCUGCGGCGGCCCCUGGACCUCUGUCCCAUCUGCCUGCGGAAGCUGCAGCACAUCCUGGGCUUCAAGCUUGUGGAGAGGUACAAGAGACUUUACGCCUGGACUCAAGCUGGGAUGCGGCCUGACCUGGACACAGGGGCGCCCUCCACCUCAGAUGAAACUCUGCCCUGCAGCGCCGACUCGGGCCUGAGCUGCGAGAGCGGGUCAGAGCCGGGCAGCAGCCUGUCGGAGCCCUUGACCCCCGAUGCGUGGAGCCGCACCUUGUCUGAGGGGCCGGAGCUGGAGCCCGAGGAGGGGCUGGGCUCCCCAGCUGCCCCGGAGAGCCCGCCUCGGCUCGGCCCCGCGGUAGACACCAUCCGGAAACACGGACGGUGGCUGGAGCAGUGCAUCCGGGCCCUGGAGCGGGAGGUGACAGAGGAGGAGCUGGCGCAAGUGGACGGGGCCGUGGACGCCCUGGCUGGGUGGGAGAUGUUCACGGGGCAGCUCCCGGCCCCCAGGCAGGACCUGCCCUGUGGCCGCGAUGGCUCAGGGCUGCGCCGGGUCCUGGGCGACACAUUCUCCUCCCUGAGGAGGAAGCUGAGCACACGCAAGUCCAAGGCGGGCUCGUCCCCUGGCCGCAGGAGGGACGAGGGGAAUUAGGAGCCCAUCUGACCCCCGGACGCACCCCCCCCCCCGGGGAAACAGAGGAUGGUCCCCUGCAGCCCUGGGUGCUGCCCUCUUGCCCCAUCCCCCGCAGGGGGGGUCCUCAGGCCUGGCCUAGAUGGGGGCUCCUGGGGCCACAGCUGGUCUGCACCUGGAGAAGGGGGAGGCUUGAGUUUAUACAUCGGCUGCACCUCCCCCUCCCCAGAAUAGGGCUUUCUCACACUCCCGGCUUUCCAGUCCUCGGGCCUUCAUGUGGUGUCGCUGAGACCACUGCCUCCUGUCACCGAUGGUGAUGUCUCUGCCUCCUCCUAACAAGUGGGAGGGGUGGCCGGGCCACCUGCCCGUGGUCCUCUGUCUGCCUUCAGUUCAGUCAGACUUUGCUUCCUGCCUUUGAAGCCCCUGCACGUCUGCCUGCUUUGUCUUCAUUACCAAGGGCCCCGGGGCCAGAAGCUUCCAGUUUCAACAGCACAAGAGGGGACACCCCGCUGCUCUGACCUGCAAGAAGGCAAGCACUGGGCUGGCUCACACCCUUUGUGGGGGGCUGACAGUUUGGGGGCCGAGAAAAACCGGGUAAGAUUGCAGAGGGUACCCCUUCCCCCUCCCCCAAGCAACCAGGCUCAAAGGUUCCUUGUAAUCGGACAUCAGGCACCACUGUAGGACCCCAAAAGACCCAGCCUUGAGGCGGCACCAGGCCUCACCAUGACGCGGAAGUAACGGACGCAAAGAGGAGAAAAGAAGAGCCAGGUGGCACAGAGGGGGCCCAGGAGCAGGAGGAGAGCAGCCCCAGGCUCUGUUGCUGUGAACAUGCCCCCCAACCUCAGUGCCUUAAAGCCCUAACCGUGUGCUUAGAGCUUAGGAGUCUGCAGUGUGGACAGAGCCAGAGGGAAGGCUGACCCUGAGGAUGGUUCCUUGCCCUAGGGGACACCCCCCAGAGCAUCACCCUCUGUACCCCAGCAGGGCCAUCAUCCUGCUCAGGGGGAGGGGCCAGGGCUGGAGGAGCAUUGGGGGAAGGAUGGCCCUCACGUCUGUAGUAUUACCUAGUUUCCGGUUCCUUUCUGUCUUCUGCAACAGGCUGGUCUCCAGACUGAUGGGCUCGGAGAGGGGGGUGCCCGGGGGCGCCUGCUGGGGGCAGGAACAUUUUGAGAAUAAAACUGGUAGGCGCAGA